UGGCACCAUCGUCUUCUUCCUCCCCCACCAGCCCAGCUUUCCCCUUCCUUCCUUCCGCACCAAUCCAUCGAUUCGCCUCGGUUUCCCCGGCGACCACGCGAUCCAGAUCUUAUCUCCGCCCGCCGUUCAAGUGAAGGGCCAGGCUCCUCUGUUCCCUUCUCCCCACCUCAGCACCCGCGUCGUUGGAUGGAUGAUGUUUACGGAAGAAUAGAGGUCUUCCCGCAGCACUUCACGCCCAAGAAAGAGCCCAUGGACGCUGCCGAUGGUCUGUCCACAAGUAAGAGCAACAUGGAUCCCUCACCAAGUCCGCGUAGGCGUACUUGGACCCCGAAACGAGUCAAGGGAGCUUCGUCGCUUCUGCAACUCUUGUCUAUCCCUCGCAUUAGGUGGUCUUCCAGCAACGAGGAUGACGACAAGGUUAUCGAGUUGACCAGAGCUGAAGUAGAAUCAUUACGAAGCGAAAUCGCCGAUGCCGAUGAAAGGGAGUCCCAGCUAAAAGCCCGGUUAGAAAAUAUUGAUGAAGUCUUGAGAUACGCACGCCUUUCCGGGUACCUCCAUAUCAGAAGUAGAUGGACUCAGCUUCCUGGGGAGCCACCUAUCAUAGACGACGCCGAUGUCGAUGACUGGCUUCCUCGCUUUGUUGUCCUACAAGGACAGUGUUUAUACUACUAUCUGAAGUCUACAGACCUGAGCCCACAGGAAUCGACGCUGCUGCGCGACGUGGUGGAGGUAGGGCAGCUCCCCAACUUUGUGCCGGAGGACGGGAAGACGAGAUACGCCUUCUUCAUACUGACCCGGCAGGGCCUGAGGUUCGAGUGCUCGAGCAGCUGCGAGAUACAGGUGGAUUCGUGGGUAAGGGCCGUAAAAAGCGACUGCAAACUGGCAGAAGCAGGCGGCGAGGCGAAGAGCAAGACGAGCGGGGGAUGGUGAUGCAAUAUAAGUGUUUGUGCAGGAAACAUGUAGUAGCUGUAAGCUAAACAGAAGGGCCUUGCUUGAGUCUGUACUGUACUGUACUGUACUGUAGGGGCUAUAGGAGUAUAUAUGCAGCUAGCUGUUGCCGGAGAGUGCAGAUGUAUGUGUAUAUAAAUUUCGGAAGCGUGUAAGCAGCUGUAGAUGACAGGCUUCUUUGUGCAGGAUGGUUAACAUGGUUGGUUGGUUGAUUGUUGUUGCAUCUGGGCAGAAUGAAUAAAGUUUCUAUUGUUGUUUUG